GGAACAUGGACGCAAGCGUCGCUUCAAGCAACCACUUCGGCUCGUUCCUGGUCCUGUGAACAUGCUGCGACGCGCGAGCGCCUCGAUGGGGCGCCGACCCAUGACGACCGUCAACAGCAACUACGUGAAGCGACUCGUACAAGACGCCAACAACCACCCGAUGGACCCCCUGCGCCAACUGCGUGUGCUCCAGAUGCUCAACAAGAUCCAUCCGUCCCUUGUGAUCCAGCGCGUGGAGGAGGUGCAGUUUGCAAUGUCACAAGAGGUUCAAAAGGAGUACAUGAAGGCGCUGGUGAACUCGGACCGUAUGGACUCGGUCGAUUUGAACCUCUUCUUAGCUCGCAUGCAGACGACAGGGAUCGCAGGAUUGACCACCCGCGAAACAUACAAGUCUCGUGGAAUCCCUCACGAUCAAACAGUCAACGAAUAUGGAUACCGCGCAUGGGCCGCAUUUGCCAUGCUGGCGUGGGGCGGCAUUGUCGGUAUGUCCUUGAUGACGUUCUGGAAUGAAGAAGGGUGGAAGGAAGAACACCCGAUGACUGCUGGGUUCAUGCGUGGGCUGGAGCUACAUUCGGAACUUCCCAAGCGCUCGAGUCGACCUUCCUCCCAAGAAAAAACAGAAUCUACGUCCAAGACUCCCCGCGCAUGAGGAGUGAAAAGAAUGUGUCUAUGUAUGCCGUUCCGCACAGGAACUUCGACCGCCGUUCUGUCGAAGGUGACCCGUUCAGCAGAGGCAUGGGAGUUUCGUCGCAAAUUUGCGUGUAAUGUAGAAUCGAUCCAAUAUAUGCUAGAGACGUUGUGCUGUGCAUCGCCAUGCGCAAUGUGUUGAAAGGCAGAGCACCU